AAGAUCUUAGCCCAACGCUUUCUGCCAGUAUCGGAAUCAGACAUCUCAAAGACUCUACGCCUCAAUCUUUUUCUCGAGAACAGAUAGCUUGUAUUGCCCCGUGAGGUAUCUGACGAGGAACGGACGGACUCGAGCAUGAGCCUGCUCUUUGACGAUUCACACGAUUCACCACCCAGAAAUCGCAAUGUCCCCAGAAUCUUCGACGAUCUACAUACCAAUCAUCCCUCCACCUACUCCCGCAUCUUCCCCACGCCCAUCCGACAUCAUCCUCGGCUCAAAUCACAACGGGCUCCCCAAUGAUCUACGCAACGAAGUGACCCGUCUCAAGUCUCUCAUCCCGUCUGUGCGGCGGCGAUUCCUUGCCGCUAUUCUAGCGCAAUGUACCCCUUCCGAACUCCUCUUUGUCUCAACCAUCAUUGCCCCCCUCCUAAAGCGCGACUUCCUCUUCGAGCUACCUACGGAGCUCGCUCUCUACAUUCUGUCUUUUGUAGAGGAGCCACAAACCCUCGCUCGCGUAGCUCAAGUGAGUCGAUCUUGGGCUCAGCUUGCGGCCGACGAGUCCCUAUGGAGACGACUGUGCGACGUGUAUGGUUUCAACCGCGAGGCGAACCGAGAUGAGUCAAUGAAGGCGGACGUGUAUGAUUAUCAUCCUGCGGAACGGAUUAUUCAUGACGUCUCCAAAGGGUAUAUGAUUCGCCUCCCCCAAUCCCCCGACACAAAACAGGGAGUCCUCGAUCCCAAUCAAUUGCCCCGGUUGCCUUUGAAUCCCACCCAUAUACCACUUACACUCUCAGUGCACCUCAAGCCUUCCUAUCGUGUUUUCUUUAGGAACGCCUACACAACCGUCACGAAUUGGCGGCGGGGUGGACAUUGCCUGCGCACACACCGAGUCCCUUCUCUUACCCCUGACUCCGGCGUGGUCACCUCAGUCGCACUAGAUAAAGACUGGCUCGUAGCAGGUCUCGCAAAUCACCGGAUUCAUGUCUUCUCAGCCCAUACGGGUGUCCUAGUACGUACCCUCAUCGGACACGAGCUGGGUGUAUGGGCGGUCAACCUCGUCAGCUGUGGGGGCACAUGGGUAGGGCCAGACUCAGACAACAUUUGCGAAGAUGCAGCCGACAAAGAGAGAAUCCGGAAAGCGACUCGUCGCAGUGCUCGAGGCGAUACUGAUAAGGAAUUACAGAUGGUUAUUCCCUUAAAAGAGGCCUUGGAUAGAUCGUUGAAUCAGAACCAGAGCUCGGCCAGGACAAGCACAACGGAUCCGCACAGCAUGGACACUGACAAUAUUUUGCUUGGGACGAUGCGUGCUGCUCUGGGAUUAGAUCAGCCUUUACGUUAUCCUGAGGAUGAUCGGCACAAUCAGCAUCCGCAUGCCAAACAAAGUGAUGUAUGUGGUGCGUCGGAAGGAUGGGGACAGCCAAAUGCAUUGGUUGUAAGUGGCGGAUGCGACAAAGUACUCAGGGUAUGGGAUAUUAAAUCAGGGCAAUGUAUAUACGUGCUGCACGGUCAUACAUCAACAGUGCGAUGCCUGCGAGUGCUGCACAAUCGACCCAUCGCAGUAUCUGGCUCGCGCGACAUGUCGUUGCGCGUUUGGGAUGUGCGACGGGGGAGAAUGCUGCGGGUUUUAGAGGGACAUACAUCUAGCGUACGGGCAUUAGACGUGUGCGGGAAUAGGGCUGUGAGCGGGAGCUACGACUGCACGUGCAGGGUGUGGGAUAUUGAUACGGGGGUUUGCCUGCACGUUCUUCGAGGACACAUCCAUCAGAUCUAUUCGGUGGCAUUUGACGGCGAACGCGUCGCCUCUGGAGGGCUGGACACCACCGUGCGAGUUUGGGAUUCACAUACAGGACAUUGCCUUGCCCUCCUCCAGGGUCACACCGCGCUUGUCUGCCAACUGCAGAUCUCACUGACGCUGUUGGCGACGGGCGGUGCAGACGGGCGGGUGAUCACCUUCGAUCUUCGCACGUACACGGUUUUGCACAGGAUUCUUGCCCAUGACUCGUCGGUCACUGCGUUGCAGUUCGACGGCGAGUUCCUUGUCACGGGCGGAAACGACGGGCGCGUGCGACUGUAUGAACUCGAGAGCGGCGAUUAUGUCCGGGAGAUGACGGAGCAGAGUGAGAGCGUGUGGAAGGUCGUGUAUCGCAGAGAAGUGUGUGCGAUCAUGUGCAAGAGGGCAGGGAAGACAGUGGUGGAAAUAUGGAGCUUCAAGUCGAAGGAGAAGGAAGAGGCAGCGUCGUAUUUGCUGCCCUGACUUGGGAUUUCUAGGUACCAUAUUCUCAUAACUUACUGAGCGAACACAUACUAGCAGAUUGUAUCAAAUAUUCAAACUGGUCUUUCGUUAUCACAUGU